ACUAAUAUCAGUUUGAUGAUCAUGUACAAGGAUGAGUCGGUGGACGUCCGUUACGUAGAUGAUUCCCGUUUGCACUUGUCGCCCUGUGGCUCGGAGUUCAUGUUGGAGAAAGCCCCUGCACGAUCUGCACAUCCUCUUCAGUCUAGUGAGAAGGUUCGACAGAGGACCAGGUUCGCCACCAGCAGCUACAAGGACCUGAUGCUUGGUGCUUUGGAGUUCAGGAACGAGUAUGCAACACGCCCAUACCUGCCCGAAGAACUCAUCCCGGACGACCACAGAAAGCAGGUCUUCAGCAUUGACCCUGAGGUGGAGUGGCCUGCAUGUUAUUCCUGUACUGCUGAGGUGGGCUUGAACCGAAAGAUCGUCGUCAGUUCAGUGGAGCGGAGUGCCAGUCUGCUGCUUUCUUCCUCUGGAGAGGAGUUCUCUCAAGGAGCGGUAUACCUGUCCACCAGAGUGGUCCAGCACCACUCUGUCUCCUGUGUUCCUCUGGUGUGGCGCUACCCUCUGUCUCUGGCCCUUCACCUCUGGCACGCCCAGUCCCAGCCGCCCUCUGGAGAGAGGAACAGGGGGGAGACAGAAGAAGAGACAGCCAGGGGGAGAGAUCAGACUGAGAGAGCAGUGACAAUGACAAACACAUCAAUAGGAGAGAGGAGGUCUCACCUGCCCCAAGCCCUGCCUCUCGGAUGCCCUUCCCCUCAUCAGCACAGGUGGAAGUCCAGGUACUCUCUGGUCCAAGAUGAACAGGAGGCAGACCAAGACCUCCCUACAGAGUUGGUUAAAGUGGUGUGGUGCCAAGGGGUGCUGUACAGGAUAGUGGAUGGAGCCAUCCCAGUUGUGGAGGUUUCUCCAGGGGAUGGUUCAGUCAUCAGGUCUAACGGAGUGCUGGCCAGCUACUUCACUCACCACAGAGCUGGCCCUGGGCCUGGGGAGGUAAAGGAUGUGACGUACCACCUGAGCAGCCUCCCCCCUGACACACCUGGGCAGGUCUACUCUGUGUGCUCUAUGGUGACUCGAGCCAGCAGGAUCCUGAAGUGCUACAACCAGGCCAGACACUCUCUAAAGCUCCCUGCUACACAGAGCUGCUUGAACCAGGCCAGACACUCUCUAAAGCUCCCUGCUACACAGAGCUGCUUGAACCAGCUCUACCCAGUUCUGUUGGAGAACAGUCAUCUUCUUAAAGCCCAGAGGGGUUCUACAGUGGUGGGCUGUGGUUCUAAAGAGCACGUGGCCCACUGUGAGCCGGUCAGCGAGAGCAUCGCGGAGGCCCUCCAGAGAACCUCCAAAACCAUCCAGGAUAUCGACAACCUCCUCUCAGCCACAGUACUUUCUAGAGACACCGUCAUGCAGGGCAGCGGAUAAUACAGUCCUGUGUGAUGUAGGGUUUACUGUCAGAAAAUACUUCUUGCAAAUGAGCAACAUGUGAAGCAGUCAGAAUUAUUUUUUGGUUUCAGUUUCACUAAGUAAGCAUUGUCAGCGUCAAAUGCAACCGUCAUCUAGUGGCAGUUUCAUUGCUUCUUUACUUACAGUUGAAGUACAGACUGCAGGAAAAAUAAAAUAGUUUUCGAUGAUUGUGAGGCUCAGAUAUAGGUUAUGGUGUCUAACACUGUCCUGCAGCUCUAACACUGUCCUGCAGACUAAUGUUUUGUGUUGUGCUAUACAGGAUGUGUGUCAUUUAUACUCCACAAGGUGGUGAAAGCGUUCCACAGGGAUGCUGGUACAUAUUGACUCCAAUGCUUCCCACAGUUGUUAAG